AUGGGCGUGCCGUGCUCGGGCUCGCGCUUCCUUCUCCUGCUCUGCGGCCUUUUCGCACGAGCUCUGAGCUUUCGAUCUGCGCAGGAUUUCGGGGAGCUCUCCUGGGCAUCCCCUUGGGAAUCCUCGACUCUUCAGAGGCAGCUGGUGGGUUUCGACAGCUUCGGGGCCCCCGAUGUAGAGGAGGAUGGUUCAGGGCUGACUGCCUACCUCUUCGAAGAGCUAAUGAAGAAAUGCGAGGCAGCCAACACGAGCAAACUGGGUGAGGUCUGUGCACAAGCCGAUGCUGAUGGCCUCGUUGCCAAGAUUUCGGAGAAGUUGGCAUCGGCAGAUCCCGAGGUGGCCGGCUGGCUCUGCAAAGCUGAGAGCGCGAUCAUCGACGCAGAGAAGUUUCGGCAAGGAUGCUCAACAGCUUCCCAGAGUCUGAUGACGGGCAUCAAGGAGCUGCUUGCGGACAAGAUGAACUGGAAGGUUCUGGGCAAGUUCGCGGCAUACACGGCGCAAGCUGUGGCGGCCGUGGUACCCCUGCCGCCACCUCUAGCAGCGGUGUUGGAGAAGUGCUCCAAUUGGCUUCUCAGCACCCUGAGUCAGACAGCGCAGUACCCCGGCUGGGUGUUCGUUUAA